AUGCGGUUUAUCUGGAUCACUGCGGCUCUCGUCGCCGGCUGUGUCGGAGCUCCUCUGACCUCCCCAAUGGAUCCCAAUGGUGAUGUGCGGAAGAUGAAGAUACGUUCCGGCCCUCCGACCGACGGCAACGUGGACCCUGUGAACGAUGGCGAUGUUACCAACAACAUCUCCUUCCUUCGCUUAUGCUAG